CCCGCGCCGCCCCGCGCACCCGGAACUCCGCGUCGCCGCCGCGUUUCUGGAGGGGCGAAUUUGGCUCGGACGCUGCGCCCUGCACAGGGCCCAGGACGUCCUGCUGGCGAGCGCUCUGCGGCCUCAGGCUCAGGGCGACCCACGUGCGGUGCCGCCGCCCGCAAAGCGAACCCCGCAGUCUGUGAGGGCAGUGCCGCCUCCAGGAAGUCCAAGAAGAAGAAAAUCCGGGACAGGGCUCCUGCGGCGAACGGAGGCCAGACGGCUUCGGAGAAGCCGGCUCCGGAGGAAGCCCCGCCAAGUGCCGAGGCGCAGGCGGAGCAGCUGGCCCGAGAACUGGCCUGGUGCGUGGAGCAGUUGGAGCUGGGCCUCCAGACGCGGAAACCCACCCUGAAGCAGAGAGAGCAGGCUGUCGGGGCCAUACGAACCCUGCGCAGCGACAGGACGCCCCUGCCCCGGAAGCGGCAGCUGAUGCGUGCCCUGUUUGGAGACUACAGGGCUCAGAUGGAUGCCGAGCGUCUGGAGGCCCUGCGGUCUCUUAGGGCUGCUGCUCGGUCUGCCCAGGUCCUGCCUGUGAGUGAGGCCACCAGAAAGAAGAGCCGAAAGGUCUGCAGGCUGCGUCCAGUGGGAGGAGCCAAGGCCACUGUGGAUACUCCUGAUGAAGAGUUUAGGUUCAAUUUCUUUUAGCCUCUCCCCCAUCAAAGAACAACCCCGGGAUGUUGUCUUGAGUGCAGAGACUUUCCAGGAGGUCUCUGUUGGCAGAGGUCAGCUUCGUCUACGGCAGGGCUGUUGGGCUGCUGUGAGUGUCAGACAAGCGCAAGCCCCCAUUUGUAUGUUUUUGGAUGACGUGCCCCUCCUGGCAUAAGAGAGUGAGAGAGGAAAAUCUCCAGGAAACAGAAAUGAGUGUCGUGGAAAGAAUAGUGUGCUUGAUUGGUCUUUCAGGUUUGGUUAAGUGCUCCUGGUAAUAAGGAUUAGUGGUGAAGCUACCUGAUUGUAUGCUGGGGUUCAGUUUUGAAAAUAAGCCCAUUAAAUAUUUCAUUGCUUUA